AUGGCUUCGACGCCGCGACGUUCCACAUCCCAGACGCGCGCCAUAGCUUCGGCUGCUCAGCCCGCCCCUUCCGGCUCCGUACCCAGGCGACGAUUGCCGAAGUUCAAGAAGAUAGUAAAUCGGGACCCUGGGCAGACGCCCUCGACACCACAGCCGCCGCGACCAGCGGUCCGGAAGAAGCUUCCGUCGGACGUAGAUGUCGUUGUCCGAUGGUCGAACAAUACCGGGCUGCUAGGCGUAGGGACCACAUAUCGACCACCCGAUGUGCGGCAGGGUGUCGCACGCGAUUCUGGCUUCGGUCUGGACGGUCUAUGGCGCUGGCACGAACUCCUGCGUCAACCCGGGCUGCUCGACGGCACCUCACCGUACAUUGCCUGGAUCAAGAUCCCCACGAUAGAUGAGAAGGAAAACAACUUGAUGUAUAGACGCGCGCAGAGGCGGGACUGUGCCUUACAUCCAGAGGUCUUCGUGGAAGGGCGGAAAAGGCGCGGCAUGGGAGUCGUGCACGGGAUGUAUCGAGUCACCGACGAGCUGUACGCGGACAUGCAGGAGUUGUGCAAAGACCUUAGAAGAAAGUGCGACGCUGCAACCCGCCUAUUACGGCGUGCCAUCAACGCUCGUUUGAAAGACGUCAAGAGCACCAGCGUCAUUCACCGCAUCGUCGACAAUGUACGAGACCCCGUUCGGGAGUACUUGGAUGUCGUGCACGCUUGCGAACUGCUUCGAUACGGGUGCCUCUCCACGUUCGAAGACUUCGAUAUCUGCUUCACAGCCUUCCAGCGCGCAUCUGUGAUCAUGCAGGCUUAUGUCGAUUUUGUCUUGGCCAUCAUACCCAUGGACAUGACAAACGGUCUUGCGACGCUGCCUUCGAAGACCUCGAGCGCAUUUCGUCGCGGCGUCAUUCUCUCUGGACGUGAUAUCGAGGCCUAUGUCGGGUUCUUCAAGCGGCUGUGCAUCCCCGUCUGGAUCUAUGCGGACCUCAACGAGGUCGAUAUUCCUCUGGACAAAUUUGGUCCGGCCGAUCUGCCGCGCUGCGACGUGGCUUUAUGCCAACACCUCAAUUCUUAUCGGCAGAGGGUGCUACCGAUGCGUUGGUACCCGCCACCUCCAGACUGUACGUGGAGUCUCGUAGAGCCGAUUGCAAGAGGGUACCUCCCGCGCCCCGAUCAAGCGACGUUCAAGCUCGGUGAUGAGGCUCAGCGUAAGAAGAGGAAGAUAGAAGCCAGUCAAAAACACCAACAGCGGCGCAUCGACAAGGAGGAGAGAGCUUUGAAGCGGGCUCAAAAGGUCUUCGGCGACUUGGGCCCGUCGCUCGUGCGAUAUAAGGAGCUGACUGCGCGAUCGCCAGCCGCCAGGCGUUACUUCAUCCAUAAGCUCAAGCCCCGCCCUACGUUUGCGCCGCGCGUUCUGCCGCGAUACGCAGCAUGCGAGAGUGAUGCUGAACGUCACCUCAGCCUCCUCGCCCCGCCACUUCAGCAUCCUGUACCCACUAGCCAUCCCGACUUUCUCAAUAAGUCUGCCGAAGUUCCGCGCGACGUGCUUGACAACGCGGUGAAGCAGCAGCUCGAACAACGCCUUCUAAAAACUUUCAUCCCUCCUCUAUGCAUCUUCACUGCAACGACGACAUGGAAGAAGACGGUUAUGUAUGUCAGCAACGCCGUCCGCCUGUUGCCUUCAAUCCUCGAUCGCGUACCGACUUCGCGCGUUGAUCCGCACGUUCAACCUCUUGGCCCCUCAGAUUGGAGGGCAAUCCUCUCCAUCAACCACUGGAAAAAGCUCAGUUUCGAUACCCAGAGGCAAGUUUACGUCAACAAGAGGCUGCAUCAACUGCGCGAGGAGCUAGAGGAGGGCGAGGCGCUGGAUGAGGUGAAGGAGCGAGCGAACGCGAUGAAGGACAAGAUAGACCUCGAGCCGUACGACCACAAGACGUGGUAUAAGUACGGCAGUCUGCAGUUCUACGGCCAACAUACCACCGACUUGAUUAUGGAUUCUGAGAACCCCACCGUGCCCUCGAUCGGCAAGCUGCCGUGUGGCUGCGAUGCGACGGAGGAGCUUCUUCUCGAGGAUCCGGACCUCGUCACCGCUAUUCUUACUUGGUUCGAACAGUUGCGUCUCAUGCACUGGUUCGCAGAGCUCCUAUCCGUCUCCCUCUCUGAAGAGGGUACAUCCUCUAUGCCCGACUUUCGCGCAGGGGCGGACGCGCAAACCGAGACAGUCAUGCUGAUCCGGAAGUUGGUCCUCCAUCUGCAGUCAGUCGGGAUGGAUGGAUGGCCAGUCGGUCGGGAUGACCUAUUUGAUGAAAAUUACGUCGCCCGUGCCUUGACCAAAGUCCUCGUACGAGCCAACUGUGCAGAAGACGUCGACAAGUUUUGCGCGAAUGACGAUCUGUGGAUUUCUACGUCUACCCUGAAGGGAGUCCAUUACGAGCGCCUAGACCAGACCGAGUUCCAAUAUAUGCUUGAUCACCUCUACAUGCGCUAUAUCCUCACGUCCUUUGCCGCCAAGCAGUGGCCCGUUGAAUUCAAUGAGCUACUACAUCCGCAGUCUCUCUAUUGUCAAGGCUGUCGUCAACGCUUGGCUUCUCCUCUGGACUCGCCAUCGCCAUCGCCAUCGCAAGACGAAGACUCUGAUCAUUCAACAUGCGACCCGGGCGAUGUUCCACAGGACAUGGCCGCAUCAUCUGAUGCGGGAUCGCCAGGUGGACUCCACACCGAGGAUGAAGAUGAGGAUUGGCGCCACUAUUGCCGGCACUUCUCGGACGACGAAACAAGCACGGACGAGAGCUCCUCGGUUGCGCAGGACGAGUACGACUAUAAUGAACAUUCAAGGAAGGAAGGGACAGAGAGCGACGGUUGA